UUGGCCAUUCAAAACAAGUCAGCGAGCAGGGGGAGGAGAGAAGGAGCAGGUGCAGGACAGGUAGCUCCUCUUCUGGGAUCUGGUAGAGGAGGACGGAUUCUCUUCCUAGUGAGAAGGGCUCGAGUGAUAUCUGGGGUAAGGACCUUGGUGCCCUUUUCAAUUGUCACUCACAAGAUGAAACCAGUGUGCAGUGAAAUGAGGAAACAGCUUUGAAUGAAGAGGUAUUUUUUUUCCCUUUAUACGUGGCUCUUCAAAUCACAGUCGGAUGAAGGUCUCACAGGGAGCUGCCCAGGCUUUCUCAUCUCUGUUGAAUGACUGGAGGCAUCUGAGCGCGAGGCUGAGUUGCCCGAACACAAACGCUUUAAAGGUGAUUUGAAAACAUCUAUAUUCAGAACUCAAUGACACGCUCAGACGCUUCCCGGAAGGACCCACGGACUGUACGUGUACCACCUGUGACUCGGGUGGGUGCUGCUGCUCACUAGAAACCCUCUUCACCUCAGAAGCGCGGCUUACAAGAGAAGCCCGGCUUACAAGAGAAGCCCACAGCAUGGGUUUUCAGAGGCUUGUGCCUUUCGGCCCCUGGAAUUGGCUGCUCUUGCUAGUGGCCCUCAAGUGUUCUGCAGCAUCUUCUGAUUUGAAUGAAUCCACAAAUUCCUCCACCCGCCAUGAGCUUAAUGCACGGUUUGCAGCUGCCAGCUCGGAGCCAGCCAUGACGGUGUCUGUUUUUGCUUUGGAUUAUGACUACGUGCAAAUUCCUUAUGAGGUCACCCUCUGGAUCCUCCUAGCAUCCCUUGCAAAAAUAGGCUUCCACCUCUACCACAGACUGCCGGGCCUCAUGCCCGAGAGCUGCCUGCUCAUCAUCGUGGGGGUGCUGGUGGGCGCCAUCAUCUUUGGCACCGACCACAAGUCACCUCCGGUCAUGGACUCCAGCAUCUACUUCCUGUACCUUCUCCCGCCCAUGGUCCUGGAAGGCGGGUACUUCAUGCCCACCCGGCCCUUCUUUGAGAACAUCGGCUCCAUCCUGUGGUGGGCGGGGCUGGGGGCCCUGAUCAACGCCUUCGGCAUCGGCCUCUCGCUCUACCUGGUCUGCCAGGUGGAGGCCUUUGGGCUGGGCGACGUCAACCUGCUUCAGAACCUGCUGUUCGGCAGCCUGAUCUCAAGCGUGGACCCCGUGGCCGUGCUGGCCGUGUUUGAGGAGGCGCGUGUGAACGAGCAGCUGUACAUGAUGAUCUUCGGGGAGGCCCUGCUCAACGACGGCAUCAGUGUGGUCUUAUAUAAUAUCUUAAUUGCCUUCACAAAGAUGCAUAAAUUUGAAGACAUAGAGCCUGUGGACAUUUUGGCCGGAUGUGCCCGAUUCAUUUUUGUGGGGCUCGGGGGAGUGUUUUUCGGUGUCAUUUUUGGAUUCAUUUCUGCGUUUAUCACGCGUUUCACCCAGAACAUCUCUGCGAUUGAACCCCUCAUUGUCUUCAUGUUCAGCUACUUGUCCUACUUAGUGGCGGAGACGCUCUAUCUAUCUGGCAUCCUGGCAAUCACAGCCUGUGCGGUGACCAUGAAAAAGUAUGUGGAAGAAAACGUGUCCCAGACAUCCUACACAACCAUCAAGUAUUUCAUGAAGAUGCUGAGCAGCGUCAGCGAGACCCUCAUCUUCAUCUUCAUGGGCGUGUCCACCGUGGGAAAGAACCAUGAGUGGCACUGGGCCUUCAUCUGCUUCACCCUGGCCUUCUGCCAGAUCUGGAGGGCCAUCAGCGUGUUUACUCUCUUCUAUGUCAGUAACCAGUUUCGGACUUUCCCCUUCUCCAUCAAGGACCAGUGCAUAAUUUUCUACAGUGGUGUCCGAGGAGCUGGAAGUUUUUCACUUGCGUUUUUGCUUCCUCUGUCUCUCUUUCCUAGGAAGAAAAUGUUUGUCACUGCCACCCUAGUAGUUAUAUAUUUUACUCUAUUUAUUCAGGGAAUCACAAUUGGCCCUCUGGUCAGAUACCUGGAUGUUAGAAAGACCAAUAAAAAAGAAUCUAUCAACGAAGAGCUUCACACUCGUCUGAUGGAUCAUUUGAAGGCUGGAAUUGAAGAUGUGUGUGGGCAGUGGAGCCACAACCAAGUGCGAGACAAGUUCAAGAAGUUUGAUCAUAGAUAUUUACGUAAAAUCCUAAUCCGAAAGAACCUGCCAAAAUCGAGCAUCGUCUCUUUGUACAAGAAGCUAGAAAUGAAGCAAGCUAUUGAGAUGGUGGAGACUGGGGUACUAAGUUCCACAGCCCUCUCCGUCCUUCAUCAGGCUCAGAGGACACAAGAAUCCAAAAGACUCUCCCCUGAAGAUGUGGAGUCCAUGCGGGACUUUCUGACACGCAACAUGUACCAAGUUCGACAGAGGACACUGUCCUACAACAAGUACAACCUCAAACCCCAAACAAGUGAGAAGCAGGCUAAAGAGAUCCUGAUCCGCCGCCAGAACACCUUACGGGAGAGCAUGAGGAAGGGCCACAGCCUGCCCUGGGGGACACCGGCUGGUACCAAAAACAUCCGCUAUCUCUCCUUUCCCUACAGCAACCCUCAGCCCACAAGAAGAGAACUGAGGGUGGCUGAAUUCACAGAUAAUGACGGCAGUGACUCAGAACUCCCACCUGUCACAUUCAGCACGCCAUCUCGAAGAGGGUGGCUGGAGGAAAGACGCCAGACACGAGACACAAUCCCGAUGAAGAGCUUGCGCAGAGGAGGGAAGCCUCCCAACUUUGGUUAUCAAAGAAAUAUGAGCCCAGAAGAGCCUGUGGGUGGGAACAGAAGGGCGGUUUGCAGGCCCAAACCGCUCUUCCACGUGGUGGAUGAGGAGUAUGAAUCCGGGGAGGAGAGUGAGGAAGAGGCUCCGGCGACCGGGUCCCGAUGGUCAUCUGAGCACAGACCCAGCAGGGACCAUCACAGGUCCCAUAGCCCUCUGCUCCGAAGGAAGUAGUGUCCUUGUCACAGAAAGAAAUGCUUGAGUGUUUCUGUGAUUUUCCAGGGCCCGUCUUCCUACUCUUGUGAAAGAUGGAUGUUCAGAGUUCCGAAGAGAGUUAUUGAGUUUGAGUUUUGUUUUUCGGAAGCUAUGAGGCCUGCCUCUGUAAGAGGCCGGGAGGCUUUUCAGAGGACUGGGAGCAAGCCUGCUGGCACUGCUGCAUUCUUAGCUGCUCUGCUUGGUAGAUGAGUCCCUGUGAGGGAUAGAUGUUAAUCACCCAGGAAUCAUUCUCUCAGCGUGUCUUUUAUGUGAUUUAUUGAGAUACAAGCAUGACCAGUCAGUAAUUCAUUCUUCCGGCCUCUACACGCUUGCAAUGUCUCACCAGGUUAGGACCAGGAGGGGCUUUGGAAAUGGCCUGGCCCAGCCCCCGUGUUUACAGAUGAGGACACCUUGCCCAGGUCACCUGGUGAGUUGUUGCCUUCAUAAAAUCAUUGUCCUUCCUCCAAAGAGAAUGCAUUUGAUUUUGAUUUUAUGGGCACUGGGCUAUGAUUAUAUGUCUGCAGAGAAGUAAAAUUUGCCAUGACAAUGCUUUUUAAAAUCAGUAUCAAUAAUAGGCAGGUGAAUACAGACUAUAGAAUUAAUCUGUCAACUGUGAGCUUGUUGUCUAUUUUGUAAUUGGAAGGCUUAUUUUUAAAAUAAGAAUAUUAGAGAACAGAGAGAAAAGGAAUGAGGAAUGGCGACAGUCUACAGAAAGAGAAGGGAAAAGAAACCACAAAACUUACAGAUAUUUCCAUCCCUAACAUCCCCUAUUGGACAAGCACUGCUAUAGAUAACCGAGCAAGGCCAAUGGGAGAAAACCACAUCUUUCUGGACCCCACAUUGGUGACCCCCCAUCUUUAAAGGAUAAAAACCCCUAUAGGAUAAUAGAGAAGUGGACUCUUCUUCCCUCUCCCAGCUAGUCCUGGGAGCUGUUUGCUUUCCUGUAAUAAAGACUUAGCUUGUAGCAAAAAAAAAAAAAAAA